CCUGACAUCUGCACACCAUGUCCGCGUCUUGCGCCAGCAGGUCCACAACUUUGCCCUUCCCCUCGUCCCCCCACUGCGCGCCCAGCACCACCGUCACUCGGUUGCCAACCGGCGGUCUGCUGGGCCGCGUCGUCGGCUCCUGGGACCCACUUUCCGACAUAUCCGACCGCUGCUGGGGCUCUGCGGCUGACUUGGAUCUUAAUUUGUGGCUCGGCAAUCGAGUGGAGUGGCCGCGGCGCCAGCCCACUCCCAAGGCAACGUUUGGACGCCAGGAAGUAACACGCCUUGCGCAUGCGCACAGGUGUCAACAACCAGGAAGCCUUUGUGAACGAACGCCUGGCCACCGCCGCCCAGGAGAUAUUUGUCUUUUUGGAGCGAAUCAUCGCAAAAUACGAAGAAGCAGCUUCGAACUCACAGAAGGAGAUCAAACACCUACGAGGGGUUCGCUUGGAUUUCGUGUCACAGCAGAAAACAGACUUGUUUCAAUCAGCAGAGCACAAGGAGGAAAAUUGGGAAAAUUCCCUUGAGCAACAUUCCUUCGAGUGGGAGUCAAAUGGAACUCCUGGUCAUACUGGAUUAGAGCUGUGCCACAUUAAACAGGAAGCCCUCUGGGACAUUCCGCAGGAAGAAAGUGGGAUCCGGGAGGAUUCCGAUGCCCUGUACCUGCCUCGGAAGCGAAACAAGCAAGAAGAUGACAGUUUUUUGCCGCUCGAUGAGAGCGAGAGACAGGAAGGGGAAACUGAACUGUUGCCGCCCCCCGUUUCCUCCAGAGAACUAUGCCCAUACCAAGAUGAAAGGCAAGAUGUACAUCAAACAGAGCAAAUCACUCUUUUCCCAGAGGCAUCAGUCACACAGGAUUUCCGUUGUCAUCUCUGUGAAAAAUCUUUUUCCUUCAAUCACCACCUAGUUAAUCACGCUUUAAGAAUACACUGGAGGGACGCGUGCUGCGCCGUGUGCGGCAAAGCGGGGGAGUCCCCCGGAAGUCUCGCCGAGCACAUCCAAUCCCACCGGGGAUCCAAGACGUGCCCGGCGUGUGGCAAGCGCUGCGGUAGCGUGAGCGCGUUGGCCGAGCACAUGACCAGUCACACGGGCGCCAAGCCGCACCGCUGCCACGUGUGCGGCAAGGAGUGCAGCCGCAAGGGUGACCUGAAGAUCCACAUGAGGAUCCACACGGGCGAGAAGCCUUACUGCUGCACGCACUGCGGCAAGCGCUUCACGCACAGCGGCCAUCUCAGGAAGCAUCUAAGAACGCACACGGGCGAGCGCCCGCACACGUGCGGCAUGUGCGGGCGAGGCUUCCUGCAGAGCGCCCACCUCAAACAUCACUUGACCACUCACGUGCGGGUAUCUUGAGGAGCUCGCUCUUCAGAGACUGACUUUUUUUCUUCCACUGUGUUGUCAUGGUAACAGUCAAUUACAGCGGAACCUCUAAGGGCCAACACAAUUCGUUCCUGAAAUAUGGUUGAACUCCGAGAGUUAAAAUGUCACCUUCAUUUACUGUUCAGGCCAUUUUUAAAGGUCAUCCAAGUGUUUAACAAUCUCACAUUUCAAAAGGAGGAGAAAAUGCCAAUGCAAAUACAGUGAAUCCCCAAAAUUUUGCAGAAAUGCACAUGUAAUUUGCUCUUUGCAGGUCAUAUGCGUUACAGACAAUACGGUUUACCCUUAUCCGGUGUUGCGCAAUAUGACAGCCGUGUUCAUAGUCCCGAGUAAACAGCCGAGUACGAGUCUGAAAUGAAAACAUUAAUGGAGUCACCUGGGAACUAAAAAUCAACUCUACAUUUGGACAACAAAGAUUCGCAUAGUUAAGCAGCCUUACAUUUACAGCAUUAUGAGCUUUUUCAUGCUUAAUGGAUCUGAAGCAGAAAGCCCAGCCACUUCACAUCUGUCUUUAUUUGACACUAAUAAUGCCAAACAGAUUUAAAAAAAAGAGAAAAAAUUAACUUGCACAUAGACCACAGUUGAAUAUUUUUUGCUUUAACUGGAAAUGUUCAACCUUAAUACAUUCUAAAAAACAUUCAAUCACUAACUGGGAUUGUUUAUUAGCAUAUUGAUAUACUGUAUCUAACGUAACCACCUUAGGAUGAAUAUUGACUUGUAUACCUACAUAUCCCUGGAUGUAAGAGGGGGCAUACAUUAAAGUCUUUCUCUAGGUUGCUGCUCAGUGCUUUAGAGGAGGACUUUAAAAGAUGUACAUCUUUGAUGGUUCUUAGUUUGGGCAAGUAGUGUUUUUUUUAAUUUUUUUAAAAUAAAUUGUAUUAUUAAUUUUUAUUUUAAAUUGUAAAAUACCGCAGUUAUUCAAAACCAGAAAAGACUGAGCUGUAGUUCAACAAUGCAGGGGAUAAUGUGCAAGGAGCCCAUUCAUUACAAUUCAUUGUGUGCAUAUAUAGUUGCCUGUAGAUGCCACAAGAUGGAAGCAGAGCCAUACUUUUAUUACUCGGGCCUGAACACAAACGGAGUGGGUGAGAUUUUCAUCUGUCCCUUUAUCAUCGGUCAACAUACAUCAUAUAUGAAAUGUCUUUAUAUCAGCGCUACUGGCCAAUUUUUAGGUCAUACAAGUAGUGUGAAAAGAAGGUAAAAGUCCAAUUUGGUGACAUUUCAAAAGUAGGAAAUAAUGCAAAUAGGAACACUCUUCCAGAGUCAAAAUGUUUACUUUAUAGACUGUAACAAGCUGGUUUUUUUAAAUGUCUUAUGAGUCUAAAAAAAGAAGUAAACAAGCCUGUUUCCAAAAACAGCCAGUCAAACUCACACUUGUGUUGCAAAAAAAAAAAAAAGCCAAAGAAAAAGCCACACUCCCAUCCUUUAAUGCGUGCUGAGCCGUGUCCUCAAAAUGCCAAAUUCCAAUUUGUCUGACCUUGUAGGUUCUGCUGUAUCUUUGUCAAGGCCCUGUUUUAAAGUGUCAAAUCAAAGCUGUAUCUGGAAUGUUACUUCAUAACAACCUUCACUCUGAAUCAAUAUUGUUUCUCACAUUUUAAUGUAGAGCUUUUUUUAUUUUAUGUUUUAACGCUUUGUACACAA